AUGUCGUUUGGACUAACUAAUGCUCCUCCGAUUUUCAUGGAUCGUAUUUUCCGUCCGUACCUUGACCAGUUCAUAGUAGUCUUCAUAGACGAUAUUCUCAUCUAUUCGAAGAUAGAAAGAGAGCAUGAAGAGCAUCUAAGGACUGUAUUGCAGAUACUAAGGACUCGGAAGUUAUAUGCUAAACUAUCAAAGUGCGAGUUCUGGACAGAGAAGGUGGCAUUUUUGGGACAUGUUAUAUCACAGGGAGGAAUUGCAUUGGAUCCUUCAAAAAUUGAAGCAAUAGUGCAAUGGGAACCACCUACGACCGUUACAGAAGUUCGGAGUUUUCUCGGACUUGCUGGAUAUUACCGGUGGUUUAUUAAAGGAUUUUUACAGAUAGCCUUACCUCUGACUUACCUUACACGAAAGGAAGUUCCGUUCGUUUGGACGGUUGAGUGUGAUAGAAGUUUCAAGAUGCUUAAGGAGAAGUUAACAACUGCACCUAUAUUAGUACUACCCGACCUGCAGAAACCUUUUGAAGUAUACUGUGACACCUCUCAUAAAGGACUUGGAUGUGUGCUGAUCUAA